AUGUCCGCCGACCCUGCGCUUCCGCAUAAACGCGCGCGUACUGAAGCCGAAGACGAACCCGCCAUGAAAAUGGAACUCAAACACGAUGAGAAGGUGUGGCUCGACGACGGCAACAUAGUCAUCGUCGCGCAAAAUGUGGCGUUCCGCGUCCAUCGGAGCGUGCUCUCGCUGCACUCGGAGGUGUUUCGUGACAUGUUUACGAUCCCACCUCCCGACGACGAAGAGACCAUAGAUGGAUGUCCUGCGGUCCGGGUGUCUGACACAGCCGACGGCAUGCGCCAUAUGCUGUGGGCAUUAUACAAUGGAAGAACAUUCCCUGAACACGGACAGGUCGAGUUCGACGUCGUCGCGGCCUUGGUCCGCAUGGCGCACAAAUAUCAGAUCAGUUACCUCUGCGAUGAAACGCUCUCCACAAUCAAGGAGCUCUACGUAGAGGGGUUUCUGGACUUCAUUGCUUGUAAGCCCCGGUCGGUGCAUCCGCGCCUUACCUACAAAGUGGAGGACGCCUUCCAAGUUGUCCAGUUGGCCCACUUGACAAACACCCCGUCGCUUCUCCCUGCUGCGCUAUACCUCUGCUGCACAUCUGAACCCUUCUGCAAUCUGUCGAAGAAUCUUCAAUGCUUUCUCGCAGACAGGGGCUCGAGUCAAUUCCCUUACCUCAAGUACCUGACCGAGGAGGACAUCUUCCGAUGUCUUUCCGUGCUGCCCCGACUCGUGCAAGUAAAGCUAUGGAUGUUUGGAACCAUCUUCUCAGGAAUCAGCCCCGAUUGCGUGGAGAACGCCAUGUGCAAAGCCGUAUGGUCCUCUGUCACCCACGACAAGUUCUUUGACGGUACAAUGCAUAGCCCAGAUGGACCCAUCGACACCAAUUGUCUUGAGACAAUUGCGGAUGACGUUAUGCGCUCGACCUUGUUAAGUCUUGACGGAUUCACAUUCUGUUAUCAGUGCUCUAAUAGAUGCGGGGAGAGAGAGGACGAGGCGCGAGACACGGUCUGGCACGAGAUGCCCACGUACUUCGGUUUGGCGAUACCGAACUGGCCCGAGUCCGAGUCAUAA